GCUCCAGCAUUCCAGCUUUAAGUCUCAACUUCAUUACAAUGGCAGACGUUACACGAUUUCAGGAGGAGAUCACAAAAGCAUUUGAAGCUGCUAAAAACAUCCCAAAGGAUGAGUUGAUUUUUACAUACAAUGGAGUUUUGUAUCCUGCUGCAACAUGCAACAUUGACACAUUCAAAGCUUUGGAAACAUUUGAGGCACGUGAAGAUGAUAUUAUGAUGGCGGCUUAUCCGAAGUGUGGCUCGAACUGGUCUGUGAUGCUGUUACAUAACAUAGUUCACACAGUACACAAUAAACAACCUCCUGCCCUCAUCCCAAUCAUAGAAUUCAAAUCGCCCAAUAAAUUUGAGAAACUUGAAGCUGAACCUUCCCCACGGGUUUUAGGGACACAUUUCUAUUAUGACAACAUCCCAAAAUCAUUCUCUGAGAAGAAAGCAAAGAUUUUGGUGGUGUUUCGCAAUCCAAAGGAUACUGCCGUAUCAAUGUUUCACUUCUACAAUAGUAAUCCAAUGCUUCCCAACUACAAUAGUUUUGAUACAUUUUUCCCAGACUUCAUUAGUGGAAAAGUUGUCUGGGGUUCUUACUUUGACCAUGCUGUUGUAUGGAAUAAACAUCUCGACUCAGACACAGUUUUGUUGCUGACUUUUGAAGAUAUGAAAGAGGAUCUGGAGGGAUCAAUAAGGAAGAUUUCAGAUUUUUUUUCUAUGCCUCUCACUGAACAGCAAGUGAAAUUAAUUGCUGAUAAAGGAACAUUUAGUGCUAUGAAGGAGAACUCCAAAAAAAAUGCUCCAAGCUCUCCAAUUUCUUUUUUUUUUCCAGGGGAUGUUGGAGACUGGAAAAAUUACUUUUCAGAUGCUCAAAGUCAAGAAAUGGAUGCAAAAUUUGAAGCGUGCUUAGGAGGAACAAAGCUUGGAGAAAUCCUGAAGUACAAUAUUCAUUGUAAAUGGUGACACA